UAACAGGUAUCUAGUAAAGGAGGCAGAGGAGGGGGAAGAGAGAAGAAAAAAUAAAAAGAAAAAAAGAAAAGAAAACUAGUGGUCUUGCAGAAGUAAAGUGGUGGGUGGUAUUGGUUUCAGUUGGCGCCAAAUAAAAAGCUCAUAGGAUUGAAAUCAAUGAAAUGAAUGGAUGGGCAAAUAAAGUCUAUCCACUUCUUAUACUUGCUGAGCUUAUGCCUUAGCUUGCCAGCUUCCUCUUCUCUCUCUUUCUUCUGUCGGUUACUCUUUCCUUGUUUAAUGUCCUCUUUUUCACUUUCAAAAACUCUCUCUCAGCUACCGUCUAAUAUCUUCAUUUUCCCUGUACACGGUAAAACAAGUUCAAAGCCUUUUUGGCAUCUCCUUGCCGUUCAAGAAUCUAGUUUCUUUUAAGCCUACCUCAAGUUCAUGGGGUUUGGAGAAACAAAGAGCUCAUCAGGCUAUGGCAAGCCUCCAUGGAUAUUCAAAGGCAGUGCCUUGUAUCAGCUCCAUCUUGUGAAAGCUGAAACGGCUAGAAGAUUCAUGCCAAAGAAGUUUCGACUGGUUGAAGCUUUUGGAUACACACUUGGUGGUUUUUUCCUUGCCAAUUAUGAUGACAGCCCGGCCGGGGUCUUUGAUGAGCUUGUGGUGAUCGCAGGAAUUGUGUGGAAUCCUCCAACAUCUUGCGCAUGGGCAGCAAGGGUUCUUGUGAACAGUGAAGAAGCUUGCCAUCAUGGACGAAAGGACGUAGGGCUUCCAAGUCAGGUAGCCAGAUUUUCAAAGAGAAUUACACCAGUUCCAAGACAAACAAAGGGUAAAUUCGGUGGCUUCCUAAACAUGAUUGGUAUGGGCACUACUAUCCAUCACUCGAAAGAUUGCAUGGAGGUUCAGGUGGCCGAAGUUGUGGGUCACGCUUCAGCAGAUAUCUGCAGUAUCAAACUUAUAACUGAUGUGCCUACACCGAGAUUCAACAAAUGGAUGGGCCCAUCAAUCACAAUGUCACUUCCAAGCUUUAGUGGUCAAACAGAAUAUAAUCCCAACCUUUUGAAGUAUUCUUGCCGUAUUGCCUGCAGGUGGCGAAAGCAAAGAUCCAACGUAUAGGAAGAGCAAGAAGGUUAAGUGAUAUUUAAUGAAAAACACUAAACAAUUGGGGGUUGACACCAAGUCACCAACUGGAGUAACCUAAACGGAUAACCAUUGCACUAAAUCACCUUGUAGCCAUUCCUGAAGCAAAAAUCUCCGGUGCAUUUCUUUCUGUGGUAGCAGGAUGGCUUUCGCACUUUUUUUCUGCCUUGAUGAUUAUGUCAUGAACAUUUAGAGCUCAAAAGUUUGCUGUCGUAUCUCAUGUGUAUCCCUUGUGUAAUUGAUGUUCUUGCCACAUACCUCUUGCUGACUGGAAAAUGAGAAAAUUAUCGAUUUAG